AAAAGGAAAGGGAAAAAAAAGAAAGAAAGAAAGAAAGCACCGCCGGUCAGGGUGGUCAGAGAAAGCCGAGCCGAGCUCCUUCAAUCCCUUUCUCUGAGCGCGAAAAACUCGCUGGUUAGACUUCGCCUCAAUUUGUAGACACGUGGAAAAGGCGGGCGAAGCUCCUCCGCCCGCGCCUGUCCCGUCUGCAGGCCAGGGCAACAGGAGGGAGCAGGGACGCCCCGGCUAGAGAGAGCUGGCGUCGGGAAGGAGGCAAGGGACGCGCCGCCUCCGGAGGCGCUAGGAAGGAGGAAGGAGCGGGCGAGUCCUGCGGCGCUCUGAGGGGAAUGCCGCCGCCGCGCCUCCUUUAAGCGCGCGUCUGCCCCCGCCUGCGACUCCUUCCUUCCAAGGGGGGCGCUUCUUGCUCUUGUCGCCGCGCUGCAUGGGGCGCCAGCGCUUGGCGCUUUCCAGAUAUGGUCUCGGUGGCGGCGGAGAGCUCUCUGUGAUCGCCGGCAUCCGCGGUGUCUGGCCCGGCGGGAGGAAGAAGGAGCGAACGAGGUAGAAGGCGGCCAGGAGGAGCGCUCGACUGGCGCCCGGAAUCAAGUCACCCGGGUUGCUGCGAGCGGCUCGGUCUGCAGGUUAGAAAACCUUUGAAAAUUGGUCUGACAGAACAAUCAUGAUGGGAUUAAGGAAUUCAACUGCCUUGCCUGGUGGUCUUCUCCUUUUAAUUGUUGCAUUUUUGAUAUGCCAUGUGGACAAAGUACAUACAGAACAUCAACCUGAAGAAACCAAUCAUUCAGAAGAAUGUUCUGGUACCUAUUUCUGUAAGAAAGGUGUAAUUUUGCCAAUUUGGGAACCUCAAGAUCCUUCAUUUGGUGAUAAAAUAGCAAGAGCUACUGUAUACUUUGUGGCCAUGGUCUACAUGUUUCUAGGAGUGUCUAUUAUAGCAGAUCGUUUCAUGUCAUCCAUAGAAGUUAUUACUUCCCAAGAGAGAGAGAUAACAAUCAAGAAACCCAACGGUGAGACCAGCAAGACAACAGUAAGAGUUUGGAAUGAAACUGUAUCGAACUUAACAUUGAUGGCUUUGGGCUCUUCUGCACCUGAGAUCCUCCUAUCUGUCAUUGAAGUGUGUGGCCAUGGCUUCAAGGCAGGAGACCUUGGACCAAGCACUAUUGUAGGAAGUGCUGCCUUUAAUAUGUUUGUCAUUAUAGCCAUUUGUGUUUAUGUUGUUCCUGAUGGAGAAAUCAGGAAGAUUAAGCAUCUUCGUGUGUUUUUUGUCACUGCAGCUUGGAGCAUUUUUGCCUAUACUUGGCUGUAUUUAAUUUUGUCAGUUAUAUCACCUGGAGUAGUAGAAGUCUGGGAAAGUUUACUCACUUUCUUCUUUUUUCCUAUCUGUGUCGUGUUUGCAUGGGUUGCUGAUCGAAGGCUUUUAUUCUACAAGUAUGUCUACAAGAAGUACAGAGCUGGAAAGCAGAGAGGCAUGAUAAUUGAACAUGAGGGUGAAGGGCCGCAAUCUAAGGCUGAUAUUGAAAUGGAUGGAAAGAUAGUUAAUUCCCAUGUUGAAAGUUUCUUGGAUGGCACUCUGGUCCUAGAGGUGGAUGAGAAGGAUCAAGAUGAUGAAGAAGCAAGGAGAGAAAUGGCUAGAAUCCUGAAGGAAUUGAAACAGAAGCAUCCAGACAAAGAGAUUGAACAGCUAAUAGAACUAGCUAAUUAUCAAGUUCUGAGUCAGCAACAAAAGAGUCGCGCCUUUUAUCGCAUUCAGGCUACUCGGUUAAUGACUGGAGCUGGCAACAUAUUGAAGCGACAUGCAGCUGACCAAGCACGAAAAGCAGUCAGCAUGCAUGAAGUCAACUGUGAAGUGGCAGACAAUGACCCUGUCAGUAAGAUCUAUUUUGAGCAGAGCACCUACCAGUGCCUUGAGAACUGUGGCACAGUAGCUCUAACAAUUGCCCGUAGAGGUGGUGAUUUGACCAAAACAGUCUUGGUUGAUUUCAGAACAGAAGAUGGUACAGCCAAUGCAGGGUCUGAUUACGAGUUCACUGAAGGGACAGUGGUAUUCAAGCCAGGUGAGACACAAAAAGAAAUAAGAGUUGGUAUAAUUGAUGAUGACAUAUUUGAGGAAGAUGAGAAUUUCCUUGUUCACCUCAAUAAUGUGAAAGUGUCAGAACGAUCUGAAGAAGGUGUUCUAGAGGGCAACCAUGUUGCAACUGUGGCAUGCCUGGGGUCACCUGCUACAGCCACGGUUACAAUCUUUGACGAUGAUCAUGCUGGCAUAUUUACUUUUGAGGAACCAGUCACUCAUAUAAGUGAGAGUGUGGGGACCAUGGAAGUGAAAGUGCUACGGACAUCUGGAGCUCGAGGAAAUGUUAUUGUGCCAUACAAAACAAUUGAAGGCACAGCCAAGGGAGGCGGAGAGGACUUCGAGGACACCUGUGGAGAGCUUGAAUUUCAGAAUGAUGAGAUUGUCAAAACAAUAUCUAUCAAAGUAAUUGAUGAUGAGGAGUAUGAGAAAAACAAGACCUUCUACGUUGAAAUUUGGGAGCCCCGUCUGGUGGAGAUGAGUGAAAAGAAAGCCCUGUUGUUGAAUGAGCUUGGUGGCUUCACAAUUACAGGGAAAUCUUUGAAUGGCAAGCCUGUCUUCAGGAAAGUUCAUGCUAGAGACCAUCCCCUUCCUUCUACUGUAAUCAACAUUCAAGAAGAGAACGAAGAGAAGCAGCCUCUGACAAGCAAAGAGGAGGAAGAACGCCGCAUUGCUGAAAUGGGGCGCCCCAUCCUGGGGGAGCACACAAAGCUAGAAGUGAUUAUUGAAGAGUCCUACGAGUUCAAGAACACUGUGGACAAACUUAUUAAGAAGACAAAUCUAGCUCUUGUGGUUGGAACAAACAGCUGGAGAGAGCAGUUCAUUGAGGCUAUCACUGUUAGUGCUGGAGAGGACGAUGAUGAUGAUGAAUGUGGCGAAGAGAAGCUACCAUCCUGCUUUGAUUAUGUGAUGCACUUUCUGACCGUCUUCUGGAAAGUCCUUUUUGCCUUUGUGCCCCCAACAGACUACUGGAAUGGUUGGGCUUGUUUUGUAGUGUCCAUCCUCAUGAUUGGCCUUCUCACAGCUUUCAUUGGGGAUUUGGCAUCCCAUUUUGGCUGCACAAUCGGCCUGAAGGAUUCUGUAACUGCAGUCGUAUUUGUUGCAUUGGGAACUUCAGUACCAGAUACAUUUGCCAGCAAAGUAGCAGCAACACAAGAUCAAUAUGCAGAUGCUUCCAUAGGUAAUGUCACUGGUAGCAACGCUGUGAAUGUUUUCCUGGGAAUCGGCGUAGCCUGGUCCAUUGCUGCAAUCUACCAUGCAGCCAAUGGGGAGACAUUUGCAGUCCAACCAGGCAACCUGGCUUUCUCUGUCACCCUCUUCACUAUAUUUGCUUUUAUCAGUGUUGGUGUGCUCCUCUACCGGCGAAGACCAGAGAUUGGAGGUGAGCUAGGCGGGCCACGGACUGCCAAGAUUCUGACCUCAAGCCUCUUUGUGCUGCUCUGGCUCUUGUACAUAUUUUUCUCAUCUCUGGAAGCCUACUGCCACAUAAAGGGCUUCUAAAGAAACAAUUGAAGAUAGUAUCUAUAUAUAUAUCUAUAUAUAGAAAGAGAGAUAUAUAGAUAUAGAUCUAAUAUUAUUGAACAGAGGAGAAAAGACAUUUGCCAUGUUCACUUACCUAUUGAUGGAAUGUAGCUUUGUGGUAGGAGUUUGAAAUCUGCAGGAGUCUUCACCAGGAGCAGCAGCAUUGCAAUGGAGACCUGGAUGCAGGGCCGUCUUUGCAACUCAGCCUACAAGGUCAUGAUGGAGUUACUUUGUAUUUCCCUUUCCCCUCCCUCUCUAAGGAGCAGUUGGAUGUCAAAGGGGGUUGUUUGGAAAGACCAACAACCAACCUUAAGUUAUAUCAUAUUGGGCGAAGGACUUAAGUGGGAGUUCUUGACUUUCUGACCAAUAUCUUUGUUGCCUUCUUCAUUAACUCAAGAACAAGCUGAAUCACCACCCUCAAUGACACAUGUGAGUCUAGAGUGACCAACACAAUCCAAGGGGGUUCCAACCCUAUGCUGUUUAUGGGGAGGAUAAUUUUGUUUGAGGUUUUGUUUUGUUUGUUUUUAUUUUUGUUUUGAUCCCUCCUUAACUGCCUGGUUGUUCAGAUGUUAUUAAACCACAGAUAACCCUUUCCCAUUUUUUUCAGAACUCUAUUUAUGACCAGCACUCUCUUAAAAGAAAAAUAGCCACCUAAACCAUAUUUAAUCAAUUCUCCGUUUGCUCCAGACUGUGGAUUAUAGACUCAUGCCCGAAGCCCUAGCAUUUUUCCCUGUAUUUCUGACAUAUUUUGUCAGAUAAAUUUCAGUUCCCUCCUAUGCCCUUUCCAUCUACCAAUAUUUGCUGCUAUGCUCCUUCUCAUACUCCAAAUUGGGAAUGCUUUCAUUGUACUUGUUGUAAUACUUUGCAUGAAUGAAGCAAACCAUAAUCUGUAAUAUAGCAUUGAAUAGUGAUAGUGAAGCUGACCGACCAUUGAAAAUGCAAGCGUGUUUCUUUCCAUAUCUUUUCUUUUCAAUGAACAGAGUGAGAGUCCAGAAAUGGUUGGUAUUCAUUCCGUUGUUCUAUAUAAGAUUCCUAAGAAGCAAUAACCAAGAACUGGAGAAAGUCUUAGGUUUUAAAGGGAAGAAGCUGUGCAAGUUUCGUCACAUAGAAAGGGAUCUGUUUACCAGUCAAGUACAGGACUCAGGAAGUUGUUUAUACUGAGUCAAGCCGGUGACCUAUCUAGCCCAGGACUCUCACUUAGAGUGAUUCUCUGAGAUCUCAGGGAGAAGCUUAUCCAGCCCUUUAACUAUUUUAACUGGUGAUUCCAUGAAUUGAACUGUUGGAUAGUUGACAUGCUAGCAUGUGCUUUACCACUGAGUUGUGGAUGAAUUUAGCCUGUUUAUUACUAGACUGUUGGAAUUAAUUGGGACUUCAUUCUUCAUUUUAAGUAUGAACAGCUGUGUUGAACCCUAAAUCACCAGAACAUCCUUGAGCUUUUUUUCAGCCACCCAUUUUACCCAGAGUAUUUAUGCUGCAUGUGCUCCAGAUGCCAAUUCUUUGGUCUCUUGCAUUGCUUACUCCCUCUGAUCCUGCUCUUGCUCUGUGGAAAUCGCUGAACAUUUGUAAAGGGCAACCCACCAUCAGAAUACUGUAAUUCAAAUUUAUUCUUCCAUGCUGGAGUUAAAAAGUUCUACCACCCAUUGGCCUUCAGAACAACAAUGGGUCCUAGCAAGAAAUGUGGCACUAUCUGCAUUGUCUGGCAGUGAAUUGGCAUUUAUCUCCAUGAAUUAAAAAGUAUCAGUAUUGUUGUAGACAUUGAUGAGUACAUGUCAACAAUGUACUUAUCAAUGUUCAGAGUAGAUUGAUGUACCAAAAAGGAGCUUUUCUUGGGAACUAUCAUUCAUGGACAGUGCAACUGAACAGUCCAGUGAUAUUUAUUUUGUAGCUGGUUUGUCUAUUGAUUUCUCCAUGUGCUGUCUUUCUAAUUUUUUUCAUUUUUCAGAAUUCUCUCACCACUACAUCUAAAAUAUCUAAAGCAAGCAAAUCUAAAAGGGGAUUAGAGAGAAUGAAACUUAUUGAAACAAUUCAUUUUUCUUUGUUUCUGUUUCUUUCUGUUUCUUUGAUUCUAUUUAUGGGUGCCAGACUGGGUGCAUGACUUUGCUGCUUCCCUGGUGACAUGGAAGCAACGUGGGUAGCCAUGUGCAAUAUAGGGUUUAUACCUUAAAAAUGGUCAUAUAAACACUGUUAUUGCAGUCUUAACCGCACAAUAGGCCUGUUUCUGAAAAAGAAAACUGACAAAUAAUUAGGGGAAGACCAAAGCCAUUGAUGUUUCCAUAUCAUAAAAAUAUAGGCAUGCUUACAAUGAUUAAGGAGCUGUUCUCUAAGUAUCAAUGGAGUAUGGCCCUUUGGAUAUUAUUGGACUCCAGUUCCCAGCAGUAUGGCCAGUAGUUCAGAAUCAUGGGAGUGAUAUUCAAUAAUAUUUGAAGAGUCUCAGGUUUAUCCACCUCCAAUUGGAAAAUAAAAAGAUAUAUAUGUAAAAUAUAUUUCUCAUUGUCACUUUAACAGUGCUGUUGGAUGUCGGUUGAAAAAAAUCUGUAGACAUAUUUCCAACUAUUUCUCUCAAAUAUAGAAUGAUAUUCUUUUGGGAGUUUGUAAUUUCUCCUUUAUUCAUGGGUGCAUGACUGAUAAUGACAAUUCUUCUAUCACCAUGACCCAUUUUCUCAUGGACAGUAACAUACACAUCCAGUAUGUUAUGGUAAGCGAAGCGGCUGUAUGAAUUCACAUCCUUAAAAUCCUACUAUCCUUAAAUCAUACAAUCACAGAUUUGGAAAUGACCUGUUCAGUGCAUUAAUUAAAUGGCAAGGCCAGAAUAUCAAUGCUGUAGAAAAAGAUCACUCCAUAAAACUGCAAAAACAUGAGACAUAUUUCAUGCCGUGGGGAAACUAAUUGUAUUACCAUAUAAUGACUGAGUGAAUAAAGCAAAAUAAGGGAUGGAUUUUUUUUUUAUGUACGUAGAAUUUCGUACUAGAUUUCUAUCUGUAUAUGCAGCCCAGACUCAUUGAAAUUAAUGGUAAUUUUACCAGAGUAAUGAAUUGGAUGCCUUGGGUGUUUAGGGAUUCCAUUCUAAUACAAUGGCUACCAUUUUCCCAUUCAUUUCAGUGCAGAGGCUACCUGUGCAGAUGCAGUUUCAUUUGUGCAUGAUAUGUGCACACAGAAAGCUUUAAAAGGCCUAGUCUACAUCACCAGUGAAUGUACACAUUAACUGUGGCUAUCUCAGAUCCUUAGUAGCCUCUUUUAACCUAGCUAUAAAAAUAAAAAAAUAAAAUCUGUUCUCACAUCACCUGGUUAAAAAGAUGGAAGUUAGACUAGGCUUUCAAUCAUUUUGAACAAUCUGUGGAAUGCUUGAAUUCUGAGUUUUUCUUUUAAUUUUUUUUCCUGUAAUUUUUUUUUCACUUUUAAAGGCUUUUUGUUCUCUGUUUAAUUUCAUUUGAUUUGUCUGUUAUGGACUGGGGAAGAGGGGGGGGUGGAAUAACAUUUGGGUUGUUCAGGGAUUAUUAUUAAUAAUAAUAAUAAUAAUAUGAUUAUUGUGUUUGUGUAAAAUUAUUUCAUUUCAUCUGUUUUCUUUCAUUUUAUUGAUGUGUGUAAUGCACAGUAACAGAAACAGUGUGUACACGAAUUGUGAUCAAUGGUACACUGAGACACAGAUAAUAAAAUGUAUAAUUAGUUUUGAUUUAAAGAUCAGCACUGCUGCA